AUGUAUAGUGACAGGAUUGGGACUGGACCCAAUUCAAGUAUAAAAUUGAGUGACACUAUAAACAUGUGCAAUCAUCUACGACAAGAUCUUCCUGGCUAUGAGCUACGACAGAAUCCACAUUUCAGAUCCCAUUCAGAACCAGUUGGCAACACAUCGAAAAAUACAACACAUUACAGACGUCCAUUCACAGCUGAUAACGAAAUAACCCAUGUUUCUGAUAGUGAAGAAGAUUUAGAGGUACUACCGUUGAGUACUACUUCACAAUCGACGUUUCAAACAAAAUUGAAUUCGGUAUUGCCUACUUUCACUAUGGAAGAGGACUACUUGGACUACAAUGGCAGUGGUACGGUACAAUCUCAGUUGAGUAAUGAAAAUUUCCAUUCUGUUGACUUUGUCCUGGGUGGUGACGAAAAGUACUUUUCCGGGGGUGGGAUUGCAACACGAAAAUUAAAUCCCUGUUCAUCGUUACUGGGUAAUGAUGGACUGCAAGGAAAUGAAAGUGAGAGGGGAGUAAAUGCAGACUAUACAGGAGCCUCUAAUGGCAGUGAUGAUGAUGUGAUUUUGAUUGGUAGUGACCGGGUGAUAACAGAGGACUGUUCAAGUGGUAUCAACUCCGAGUUAGAGAGAAAUAUUGAUCUUCAUGAAGAUGAUACUACAGAGGAGUUGGAAAAGGCUGAAAUGUUGAAAGACGUGGUUGACAGUAGAAUUUUGAGUCCAAUUCAUGAGCAGAAAUUUGAUCCAAGUGAGAUUGACAAAUGUUCAACUCCUAUCAUUGAUGAGACGAUGAUUAAAAGUGAAAAAAAGAGUGAAGUUUGUAGUGGUAAACUGGAGCUGGUCUCGAGUAUUUGUGGUGGUUAUGUAAAACUAGAACCUGAUACAUAUACAGAUGUGAAAUUGACACGAGGUUACGUGGAUCAAAAAGAAUCAAACGAAAGCAAGAACAUAAAGAAUAGACUUGAAGUUAAACGAGAGCGUUCUAGGAGUGAGGCUGAGUCCGAAAGAUCCAAUGUGAAGCAAGUGAAGAAGGAGAGUUUAGCAAGAAAGUUCAUGGUGUUGGAAACAAAAGAUGAGGGUAAAUCUACUGAUGUGUGCAUUGACGGGCAAGAAAGUGGUAUGAAAAAUGUGGGAGGACCCACUGCCAUACAUGAUAACAAACAAGAGCAUAGAACCAAAGACGAAAGAACUGACCUAUCUCAAUCCUCCCAUGAUUCACCUUCUUUGCGAGUUGGUGUCAAAUCCCCGGAUCAAGAGAAUAAACAACAAGUAAAUCCAAUCCUUAAAAGAAAGAGAAUUGCAUCUAAACCACUUUCUGCCAUUAUCAACACUCCAAAAACAAGAGUUGGUUUAUCUAAAAGAAUCAAGGUGGAGCCUUUACAUGAAAAAAUCAAAAGAAAGAACUAA